AUGUCUCUGCAACACCCACAUAAUGCAGCUUCCUUCCUCUUCCCUCAAACUCAUUCCACAGUCCUCCCUGAUCCUUCCACCUUCUUCUCCUCAAACCUUACCUCUUCUCCAUUGCCUACAAACUCUUUCUUCCAAAACUUUGCUCUCAAAAAUGGCGACCAACCUGAAUACAUCCACCCUUACCUCAUCAAAUCAUCAUCCUCUUCUCUUUCUAUCUCCUUCCCAUCUCGCUUCUUCACCUCAGCUUUCAUAUACCAAGUCUUCAUUGCUGAUCUCACCAUAUCUACCUCUGAACAUCACAAUAAUAACAACAAUAACAAGCAUGUUAUCUCUUCCUACAGUGAUCUCAGUGUAACUUUGGAUAUUCCUUCUAACAAUCUUAGAUUCUUUCUUGUCAGGGGAAGCCCUGAUUCUCUUACUAAGUAUACCAUUAAGCUUAACAAUGGCCAAACCUGGCUUAUAUACGCAUCUUCGCCAAUCAAAUUUAGUCACACCCUCUCUCAGAUUAUUUCUGAUGAGUUUUCUGGUGUAAUUCGGAUAGCAGUGUUGCCUGAUGAUUCAAGUUCUAAUAAGUAUGAGGAAAUUCUUGACAGGUUCAGUUCUUGUUAUCCGGUGUCUGGUGAUGUUGCACUUAACACGGAUUCAUCUAGUGUUGAAUAUAAUUGGGAGAAGAAAGGUGAUGGUGAUUUGUUAAUGUUAGCACACCCUCUUCAUCUUCUACUUUUGUCUAAGAGUGAUGAUGAUUCUCACAAUAAUGUUACCAUUCUUGAUGAUUUCAAGUAUAGAAGCAUUGAUGGGGACCUUGUUGGUGUUAUUGGAGAUUCAUGGUUAUUGAAAACUGAUCCUGUUUCUGUGAAUUGGCAUUCAAACAGAGGUGUCAAAGAAGAAUCCUAUGAUGAAAUCAAAUCAGCUCUUUCUAAAGAUGUUGAGGAUCUAGAUUCUUCUGCAAUAACAACAACUUCAUCUUACUUUUAUGGGAAAUUGAUAGCAAGGGCAGCAAGGUUGGCUUUGAUAGCUGAAGAAGUUGAUUUUCUUGAUGUGAUUCCUGUGGUUAAGAAGUUCUUGAAUGAAACCAUUACUCCAUGGCUAGAUGGAACUUUCAAUGGGAAUGGAUUUCUAUAUGAUGAGAAAUGGGGUGGAAUUAUUACCAAACAAGGUUCUACUGAUUCAGGUGCUGAUUUUGGUUUUGGAGUUUACAAUGAUCACCAUUAUCAUUUGGGAUACUUUCUCUAUGGAAUUGGAGUGCUUGCAAAGAUUAAUCCAAAAUGGGGUAAGAAGUACAAGCCACAAGCCUAUUCACUUAUGUCAGAUUUUAUGAACUUAGGAGGAGGAAAAACAGAACAUUAUCAUUCAACUUUGAAUCAUCAUUAUCAUUACACACGUCUAAGGUGUUUUGAUCUUUACAAAUUGCAUUCUUGGGCCGGAGGACUAACCGAAUUCGCGGACGGAAGGAAUCAAGAGAGCACAAGUGAAGCUAUAAACGCAUACUAUUCAGCAGCAUUGUUGGGUUUGGCAUAUAAUGAUACAGAACUUGUUUCAUUAGGAUCAACUCUUACAGCAUUGGAAAUUCAUGCAGCUAAAAUGUGGUGGCACGUGAAUGGAGGAGAUAGUAAUAUGUAUGAAGAAGAUUUUGUAAAAGAGAAUAAGUUAAUUGGGGUUCUAUGGUCUAAUAAGAGGGACAGUGGAUUAUGGUUUGCACCUCCUGUGUGCAAAGAGUGUAGGCUUGGAUUUCAGCUUAUGCCAUUGGUACCUGUUUCCGAAUUCUUAUUUUCUUAUAAUAGAGAAGGUGUUGGAGAAGGGUGGAAGGGAUUUGUGUAUGCAUUGGAAGGAGUUUAUGAUAAUGAAAGUGCUUUGAAGAAGAUUAGAAGCUUGAAGGGUUUUGAUGAUGGGAAUUCAUUUACUAAUCUGCUAUGGUGGAUUCAUAGCAGAGGUAGUUAUGAUGAUGAUGACAGAAUAAUAGAAGAAUUUUGUGACGAAAAACAGGUCUUAUCAUUUGGUCAUUACAGCCAUUAA